CAAUAGGUGGGAUGGUUUUGCCCACAGAUAGAGCAACUAGAUCACAUGCUAAAAUGUAGGCAAUUAAAUUCUGAUGACCAGAUGAAAUUGCAGAAUAAUUCUCUGCAUAUCCUGUUAACUGGAGAUCUUUACAUGAUGUUUCUACAAUUAAACUCAGGGAACAAGUACAUGCAAGCCUUUGUGACUAUUUUCUUCAAUUAACUCCUGCCACGGGGAUAUGUCCUUCUUGAAAGUCUAAGAGUGAUAAAAGUUCCAUUGGAAAAGUUAGUAACAGGGAACAAGAUGGACAAUCUAAUAAAUGGAACAAAUGAUGUAUCUACCACCACUGAAUAUGACUAUAGUGAUAUGGUAACACCAUGCCAAGCGAAGGCUGCCCAAAAAUUUGGUUCCAAUAUCCUGCCAAUCCUUUAUUCUUUGGUAUUUAUUGUUGGUCUUUUGGGUAACAUGCUAGUUGUACUGAUUCUAAUCAAAUAUAAGAAAUUCAAAAGUAUGACUGAUAUAUAUCUAUUAAAUUUAGCCAUUUCUGAUUUAUUUUUCAUUUUCUCAAUCCCAUUUCGGAUUCAUUAUGUAGUAGAUGAAUGGGUAUUUGGAGAUGCAAUGUGCAAAAUUAUUUCUGGAAUCUAUUAUUUAAGCUUCUAUAGUGGAAGCUUUUUCAUAAUCCUCUUGACUAUUGAUCGGUAUUUAGCAAUAGUCUAUGCAGUGUUUGCAUUAAAAGCCAGAACUGUAUUCUAUGGCAUCAUCACAAGCAUUAUUACCUGGGGCCUGGCAAUUCUAGCCUGUUCACCAGGAAUAAUCUUUAAUACGGCACAAAGAGAAAAUGGUAGGAUAACAUGCUCUUUUCAUUUUUCUCAUCAAAGUCACUUUGUAUGGAACAUGUUCUUUACACUGGAACUGAACUUCAUAGGCUUGAUUUUUCCAAUGAUGGUUAUGACUUUCUGCUAUGCAUGCAUCAUAAACACUUUGCUGAAAUGCAGAAAUGAGAAGAAGAACAAAGCAGUCAGGCUUAUUUUUAUCAUAAUGAUUGUUUACUUUCUUUUCUGGGCCCCAUACAAUGUUGUUCUUCUGAUCCAAUUGUUCCAAACUGAUUUAUCCCUUGAUAACUGCAGCAAGUUAAGUGGUAUCGGUAUAGCAAUUCAAGUGACCGAAACACUUGCAAUAGCUCAUUGCUGUAUCAAUCCUGUGAUCUAUGCUUUUGCUGGUGAGAAAUUUAGAAAAUAUACUAUUACCUUUUUCCGAAAACAUGGUGGUCACCAUCUCUCAAAAUACUGUAUGUUUCUAUACCGAGAACCUCUGGAACGGGCCAGUUCCACGUACUCUCAUUCUACUGGAGAGCAAGACAUUUCAGCAGUCUUAUAAAGCAUAUAUUUAGGGGAAAAAUGAGUGUUUUUUAUUGGUGCAUUUUUAUGGAUUUCUGCAGUACAGGUAGUCCUCAACUUAUGACCACAACCGAGCCCAACAUUUCUAUUGCUGGGUGAGACAUUUGUUAAGUGAGUUUUGCCCCAUUUAACAACCUUCCUUGCCACAAUUAAGUAAAUCACUGCAGUUGUUACAUGUAACAUGGUUAAUUGAAUCUUUCCCAUUUACUUUACUUGUCAGAAGUUGGCAAAGGGGGAUCAUAUGACCCAGGAACACUGGAACCAUCAUAAAUAUGAAUCAGUUGCCAAGUGUCUGAAUUUUGAUCAUGUGAUCAUGGGGAUGCUACAAUGGUCAUAAGUGUCAAAAAUGGUCAUAAAUCACUUUUUUCAGUGCCAUUGUAACUUCAAAAGUGUCACUAAAUGAACAGUUGUAAGUCAAGGACUACCUGUAUUGGAUUUAAGAAACUCCUUUCAAAGGAGUCAAUACAAUUUUGAUGUGAAAAGGUAUGUUGAAAGGUAUGGAUAAAGAUUUGUUUUGCUAUGUUAAUUCACAAACCAAGCCAUAUAUCAAUGUUCAUAUAACAUCAGUUGAAUAAUUGUAAAUGUAAUAAGGCACUUUGCAAUAAGAGAAAAGAGCCUUUCUUGGGCAAAGCAUAUUGUAGUUGAUUGCAUUUGAGAUAAGUUUCAAGCAUCUUUUGCAGCAGGACAUAUGUUUACUAAUUCUAACACAAUAUGAAUGACUAUGUAGGUUAGUUCAGUGACAUUUAAUAUGCUCCAGUUCCUUAUAAAAGCAAGACUUCCUCUUCUCUAAGUCCAUCAAGGCUGCAAUUCUGCCCAUAUUUCCUAGGAAGAAAACAGCUACAAGUUACAAAUUGAGCUAUACACGGUGGUUUUGUAUUAAUUUUAAAUCAUUAAAUAUUGCUUGCUCAAA